UCCCUAUGAAUCGUUUGUGCAGAAAAAAUUAUCAACUUUUUUUUCCAAGUGCUUUAUCGACUAAAUAUCGAUUUAAACAUCAAACAAUCGAAUCAAAAUGUUCAAGGAAAUUAUUGCAUUAACAUUAUGUUGUUUGUUUAUAGCUGUUUAUGCUGCACCAGCAACAACAACAGCUGAACAAGAAGAAAAACCACAUCCAUAUAAUUUUGCAUUUGAAGAAAAAGAUGCUAAUUAUACAUUAACACGUCAAGAAGAAAUGGAUGAACAAGGUACCGUAAAAGGUUCAUAUUCAUAUAUUGAUCGUGAUGGUAUAUUUCGUACCGUUAAUUAUAUUGCCGAUGAAAAUGGUUUCCGUGCUGCUAUACAAUCAAAUGAACCUGGUCUUACUAAUUCAGCACCAGCUGGUACUACCUUUCAAAUUAAUUAAAUUUUAAAUUUUUUUUUUCUUGUUAUUGUUACUGUUGUUAAUUAUUA